AUCCAGAACUCUCUGUAAAGGGAGGCUUCAAAUUUAUGAGUUGCUUUCUCCUUAGUACCGAAACUACAGAUGGCUGACACCAUUCUGCCUUGUAAUCUUUUAUUGUAGGUUUUCAUUUCAGAGAUAACUUGAAAACAAAUCUUCCAUAAGAUCAAAAAUGUUUUAAAUAUUUCAGUUUUUCUAACUGAAAAAAAAAUUCUUUAGUACUAACAAUUACUUUUACAUAGUGUUGCUCCCAGUGAGUCCAUUGUUUGUGACCUAUAGUAGCCUCAGAACAGCCUCUGUGAAAAGGGAGUUUGUGGAUUAUUCAAGUUAAACCUUGUAUUUCAAAAAAGUUAAGGCUGGAGAGAUGGCUCAGCAGUUAUGAAUUCUGACUGCUCUUCCAGAGGUCCUGAGUUCAACUCCCAGCCACGACGUGGCAGUUCACAACCAUCUGUAAUGGGAUCUGAUGCCCUCUUCUGGUGUAUCUGAGGGUAGCUACAGUGUAUGCAUAUGAUAUAAACAAGUAAGUAUUUUUAAAAAUUAAGCAAAGCAAAGUGAAAAGACAUCUAUUAGUAUUUCUGCUCCUCAGGGUGGUUACCUGAGGAUAAAGACUUGAGUCUCAGAUUGUGUUGAAUAGUAAUUUUAUUGCAGACAGGUAUCUACAAUGGUGGCAGUUAAAAGUCAGCCGACAGCUGUAUUUCUAAUGGAUUUGAUGAGUCAUUUGACCUUGUAUAUUCCCCACUAAUACUCUUUUCCUUGCUGUAAACUUCAACCCCUCCAACGUUCAUAUUUGCUCCCUGGUUCAAAAUCUGCUGCCACCCACCCAUUUUGGUUAAAGGCAGUCUUGUAUGGAUAUUUUUAAAUAUCCCAUAUACCUGAUUCAGAUCCUGUGGAGGCAAGGGUGCAACAUUGGUAUCUUUGCUUCAAGACUCAGAAACAAAUGAGAAGAUGAUCUCAGUGUAGAUCUCUCUAAAAGUGGUUUGGUGUCUUCAUGUAGUUAAGAAGAGGGGCUGAUACAGAAGAGGAAAAGGAUGAAGCAAAAGCACUCACGCACAAGAACCUAUUAGGAACAAAAGAGACGAUAGCAAGUCAGCUACUGAGGCUGUGUGGCUCUGUGGAUCCUCAGGUCAGCUGACUGAUUCUGAGAUAGUGAUUAUCAAGCCUUUGUGAGAAUCAGCAUCUCCAGGAAGGUCGCUCAAAAUUCAUCCUUUCAGACUCUUCCUCAGAUUUUCUGGCUUAGUAGAUGAUGGAUAUUGGAUGUCUAACUAGUGCCUCUGUGACAUUAUUGCUGUUGGGCCAGGAGGCUACUCUUGGAGAACCACUAGCCUGAGGUUUCCAGGCUACAUGUAGUCUGCUUCGCAGAGCCUUUCUGCUGAGAGCAACCAGUAUUUCUGGUCUGAAUCAACAAAAUAAAUUCAGGAGUCGUCUCUUCAUUCAAGCUCAGCAACUGGAAGGGAACAACAUUGCAAACAAUGAAAAGAAAACAGUAUAUGAAUAUUGAUUUAGGUCUUUCUAUAUUCAUUUCUACUCAUAUUACCUUAGAUUAGGGGUUCUCAACCUCUGGGUCACAACCCAUUUGGGAGUUUGCAUUUUAGAUAUUCUGAAUAUCCAAUAUUUUCAAUGCCAUUGAUAACAGUAUUAAAGGGUUGCAGUUUUAGGAAGAAUGAGGACAACUGCCUUAGGUCAUUCAUUCAGACAAUAUGAUACUAUUCUAACCCAAAUGGGACAUCAGGAGAAAACAAUUGAGACACAAAAGCAUCAAUGUCUUGACAGUAAAUAUUCUUCUAAGCUUUAAGGUAAAAACUCUUUUGUAAAUAAAGUGUUCGAGGAGAACAUGUAUUGUAGCCAUUUUUGAAGGGUCGUGUUCAGAAGCUAUUGUAGAUCCAUCAGGAUUAGUGGAUUCUAACCAAAGACUCAGGUUAUCCACUUGUCUUAAAUGAGCUGGCUCUGUGCUCUGCAAAUCGCCCUUUAAAUACUGCAUGCCUCACCUUUCCCACGAGAGGGAUCAUUGUACUCAUACUUUAUUUUAUUUAUUUCUAUAUUGUUAGACUCUCUGUAAAGAGUAGCUACACUUGGGGCUUAUUCCACUCUUUAGAAGGGUACUAAACUAAUCUAAAGAACCACGUGGUCAUUUCUGAGAUCAAAUUUUCUGUAGACUUCCUCAUUUCUACCUAAAGGUCUGCCUUCAUAAACAGUUAACGAUUGCCCAACUUUAUAGACUAUAUUUAACAGUUUUCACCAGAGACUCCCAGCCCUUUCCCUCUCAAAACACAACAGUUGCCCACAUCAGUCUAUGUUUAGGGCCAACUUGACAGUUCUGUUUCUGUGUGCCUUCUGGAUAGCAGGCACAUGAAUGACAGUACAAAACUAAGAACAGCUUUAGGCCAGAAUUAUAUCUGCCCCGGUGCUUUUCUGUUUAAAUUCUGGGGAGUGUGAAUUCCAGAAAUGCAUUUCUGGGAUGCUACAAAUAACAGAAAAAAAUAUUAGAGGAGGUGUUAGUUUAGCAGCAAAUCUUUUAAAUAAAAAUUUCACUUCACGUAUGCAAAAAGUAGAUGAAAGAAUUAAGUAUAUUAGCUGGGCAAAAGCAGAAAUAAUGAAAGCUUCUCCCCCUGCUUGACUCCUAGAGAUGCUGAACUUUUAAGGCCUCAGUCUGUUAGGUCACUCAGUUAAAUGAAUGGUGGAAGGGAAGGGAAGUGAGUACUGAGUGGAAAGUGAGAAAGCCAGGCUUUUUUCAUACUGUAUUUAGAUAUACUAAAGGCUAUUUGAUCAUAUGACAGAUAGUACUAUACAGCUAAUGAGUCAUUGGUUUGUAAAGCAAAUAGUUACUUGAGUGCAUGAGUAAACUUGGCCAAGAUGGGGCUCAAAGCCAUGACUAGAAAUGUGUACCAAGUCUGAAAUUGUGCUCACAUCAGAGUUUACUGGACUCCAAACUCUAAGCCUUAAACCAAAGUGCUCUAUUGCUCUCAGCACUGCACCAUGUGCAUGACCACGAAGUUACAAUAAACAGAACAGGUGUCAUUCCUUCCCCCUGCCCCCAGAAAAAGGUAUGUUUCAAUUUCCUCUUCGUAAGUUGACAUUCUUACUAGAUCUUUCAUAAAUCCCAGGCAAUUAAAAGAGGGCUUUAAUGAAACUAGCACAUGUAAUUGGUUGAGUGGCUUUAUAUCUUUACUCCUUGGGAAACGCACAGUUGCUCUGGACCAUUUGCUGAAUUGAGCUCGUGCACUGAAAUCUAAAGUUAGAGAACCAUCUAGGACACACUAGCUCCUUGUCAAGAAGAGACUCAACUGUCACAUUCAACUUUCUUUAAGACCCAUAGGAGUUGAGUUUGUUUCUUGAGCUUACUUCCUACAGGGACCCCCAAGUCUUACCUCACAUUCUUUUUAUUUGAAGGUAUCCUUAAGUGAACCCAUCUUCCAAGGAAGAGGUUUGCAGAUACAGUUCUGUGUCUCUGUAUUUAUGAAAUGUUAAUUAGCUGCCUACAGCAUCUUUACUGAUUGAAGCUAUUUUUAUUUUAAAUAGUAUCUCUCUGUCACGAGCUGCUUAAUUUUAAAAAUAGUGUGUGUGUGUGUGUGUGUGUGUGUGUGUGUGUGUGUGUGUAUGUAUGUAUGUGUGCGCAUGCGCGUACAUAUGCACAUGUAUUUGUGCCACAGCAUAUGUGUCCUGGGUUGAAAGACAGUUUGCAGGAAUCUGUUCCUUCCUUCCACCAUGUGGCUUCUGGGUACUGAACUACAGUUUUCAUGUUUGGCAAACGCCUCUGCUGCUGAUCCAGUUUUUUGGUUCAGCUUCAUAAUUUUCACCAUUUCAUACAUUCAUGUUUUCUAGUCAGCAUUUCUAGACAGCUGUGUAUUUGCAUUUAAACCAUAUCAAUGUAUGGUUAAAACGUAAUGUAAAAUAUAGAAAGUACAAAAUAAAUAUACGAAAUGAAAAAAUAUUCGAAAAUACAACAGAAUGGCAGUGUAAAGAAUUUAAAAUAGAAUUAAUACAUUUCCUUCAGACCGGCUUAAAAAGCUGCAGCUCCCAAUGCUAUCAGGCCCAUGCAUGCUAAAUUUAGUGGCCGCCCUAAAGCAUAAAGGACUAUGUGCACUAAUAGGGUAGCGUAUACCAUUUCAGUUUUUCAUAGAUUUUUAAUUGAAGUACUUCAUUCAAAAAAUGUCCUCAGCCCAUCCCUUUGCAUUAUACACUGAAAGUUGUAAUUGAGCCGUAAUUUAUGCAAAAGUUCUGAAAAAUAUCUUAGUAAGUAAUUCAAAGAUGCCCCCAAAUGAAGACAGUAACUGGGGUGUUAUCAUUACUGCAUAGUGGUCAUUAUCUUCGGUUAUCUGUUUGUCAAGUAUGUUUUCUAAUUCUUAUUAUGAUUGAAGAAUGAGAAAGAAGAAAAGAGAAAGGAGAUGCUUUGCCCUGGGAACUAAUACAAUAGAUCUUCAGGGACUUCAAAGCAGAACAAUUAUCUCAGCCACAGGGACGAUCCAGUGUCCCUUUGUUAGCCAUUUAUGACACAUGUGCAAGACACUGACAUUAAUUUAGAACCUAGCAUUACUAGUCUUGCCGUGUUGCCAAGAGAUUUCUGUCUCAAUAAUAUAUUGAUUAUAUUAUUGUAAUGAGUUGGCUGAUGACUCAGAGUUACAAAGAAGUUGUACUAAAUUUAUUCGAGGGGGCAAUGCUGGAAACUUCAGAAUUAAUAUGAGCUGUUUCAUCCCCCUUUCAUGCCCAUUUGUACCUACAUUAUUAAUUGAUACCACCCCAUGCUCUUUAGUGUGAAUCAGAAUAGGAACUAAUUAUCUGAAGUUAUAUUGUUCUUAACACAUUUAUGGUUGUUUGGGGGAAAAAUAUAUAUAUACAUAUACACAUAUAUGUAUGUAUGUAUAUCCUUCCCAAUGAUGUAAACUUGACUCAGUAAAAUAAUUCUGGGUUUUGGCUAUUUUCUCAAAAAUGAUUCUUGGCUGGUCAGCUUUUGAAAUCACUUGGCCAAUGCUGGCCCUUCCCUACUAGUCUCAGACAGGUUGUAUCCAUGGGGUAAACCAAUUCAUCUCAGGGUGUAAAAACUCUGUGGACCUUUGAGCUCACAGUGUACCUGCUUCCCAUUGAAUGCUCGUUUGGGAGUAUUUUGUUGGCCACAGUCCUUUUUCUUGUAUAUCGGUCAUACUGCCUGUAACACAUCUGGUGACACUACCUGCUUGCCUGCAGGAAGCCUGAAAUCCGUGGGAACACCAUCUUUUCUUUUAAGGGGCAGUCCAUUAUGAAAACUGAUAUUCUUUUCUAUCUGGGCUCCCUCUUCCACUGUUGUCUCCUAUUCAUAAUCCCCUCCCACUGAGCUCCGUACUGGAUAGCUGCCAGUGGCCGAGGGCAGAGGAACUGAUGAUGCCAGCCAGCUAGCUGAGUUCACAUGCCAUGUCUGGAGCACUCACAGCGACUGGGUGUGUUGCCUCCGAAGCAAUCACAAACCGGUGCGUCCUGUCUUAUGAAAGAGUAAAAUGAUGCCUGCCAGUCCUUCCAGCAGGAGUGAUGCUGUGAGUCAUCACAUUCUACAGCCGUUCCCAUUCCGGGCUGAUCUUGAUGUUAUGGUUGGUUAAGUAUUAUUGAUGAAGUAAUCAUGUUCCUAAAAUAACCCAAUUACAUCUGUUAAAAAGGUUUCGUGAAAAAUAAACAGACCAUCUUAUCAUGAAGGCUUGCAAGAAGGCAGAGGUAGUCAAGUGUUUUCCACAUUUGUUUGACUGUAUUGUGCACACAUUCCUUUUGCACACAUAUCAGGUCAUGUGCUUACUAUAACUGGGGGAAGGUAGUAAGUAGCUGAAAUUACUUAAUGCAUAAUAAAAGAUUAUGGACAAAUUUUAAAAACUAGGGACUUACAUUUUAUCAAUAAGCUAAAUAGUAAUGAGAGAAGAGAGACAUAUAAAGCAAUUAAAAUUGAAUAUGAGGCAAUUUAAAUACAAAUAGGCAGGAAUGGACUCUUGUGCUGUGUGUGCUCAGCUCUCAGUGUGAUUUAUUUGGUGACAACACUGUACUAUACACUCAGGAGUAAUGGUAAUUGGGUAAUUAUUUUUAACUUUUUGGCAGGGGCUUCUAUGUUGCUAGACUUCUGUUUUUUUUAUUCUAAAGAAUGAAUAUCCAUUUAAAAGACACUUCUUACUCUAUGAUUUCCACAAGAAAAAAAAUCACAAGUCUCAUUGCGUGUGGCAGGAAUAACAUUUUAUCUUGUUAGUAGUUGACGUGAUUCGUUGUGGCAGAAAAAAAUUAAAAGGGAUCACAUUUAUUUUAGUAUCAUUAUAAAAUUAUUGUGGUGUACCCAAGCAAAUCACUCUAGUUUUGUUAAGGCUAAAAUCUGCUGUCCGCUAGAAUUACUGUCUUUUUUGCAUAAUUAAGAAAACACCAAUUAUGAGAUAUUCACUCACAGUUUUAGAUCUUCUGUUCCUUCAUAAAAUAUUUGAACAUAGGGCUAUGGAGAUAACUCAAGAGGUCUAAGUGCUUGCUGGGCAGGUAUGAAGAACCCACGUCAACUACUCAAUAGCCACAUAAAAUUCAGAUGAACGGAAUUCUCAUCACUCCCACGGGAGUGCGGAGACAUCUCUAGAUGCUUGAAAAUCAGCUUGCCAGCGAUACUCAGGGAAAAUACAUAUCGUCUCAAACAAGGUAGAAGACUAGGACCCACAAGCCAAGGCUGCCCUCUGACCUUCACACAUGUGUCAUAUCCCAUGUUCCCAUAUUCAUACACACAGGUGCACACAUGUACACAUGCAAGUACAUGCAUACGCAUGGCUCAUGUGCACGCACACAUCACAGUUUAACAACUGAACAGCUUUUGCUUCUGUCGGAAUGAGUGUCAUGCUGGAUGUACUUGCAUGCACAUGAGAUAGGAGCAAGGUAAUUGCCAUGAAUUGCAGACAAGCCUGGACUACAUGGAGAGGUUAAGCACAACUUUGACUACAUGAUAAAAUUCUCUCUCAACGUGAAUAUAAAUACUUCCCUCUAUAAUAGUAGUGUAUGUGUUGAGCUUAAGUUAAUCAUAGGUGUCCUUAGCAAUUAGGAAAAAAAAAGAAACAUUUUUGUCACAAAGGAAGUGGAGGUAGUCAUCAUGAUGUACAUAGUAGUUUUCUUGGGUGUUUACACAGCACUGUACAAUUUGUUAAGUCUUUUAUAUCUCUUUGCAAGAGUGCCAGAAUGAUCUGAGGUACAACGUUUGUAAAAGAAAGGAAGGAAGAAAAAAGGGAAGGAAGAAAGAAAGAAGACGUUUUACUCAGCUAUGCUUUGAGUGAUGGUUUGAUUAUAGAAUGCCCCAUUUCCUUUUACCUUCAAUCUACAAAGUUUAAAGUGGAUUUCUUUCCAACCCAUAAAUAUAACAAUUAGAGCUUCAUUUAGAUGAUAACAUGUAUAGAGUCAAAUGCAUAUUUCAUACUUGUAUGAGGGGGUAGCUAUCCAUGGAUAUCAUUAUAGUGAUCGGCAUGCCUGCUUAUUUCUAGGUGACUGAAGUGGAUGCUUUGAUGUUGUGAGAGAUUUGGGUAUACAUUUUUGAGUGUUUUUAUUUAUUUAUUUUUUGCCAGUCUUAAUUUCAGCAUCAAAAUGUAAAUACAUAAAAGGAGAGGCUAAGUUGACUAAAACUCAAAGCAGAAGGAACGGGUGGACCUCCAUCUAAAAAUCAACAACAUAGUGAUGGGCGCCAGCAUGAGUGCCCAUGUCUAUUUACAAUCCCCAUCCCCACCCCCCAAAAAUGAAAUUUGUAAGAAGAUGGCCUCUUUUCCUUUAAUUACUAGAAAUGAUAUUUACUCCUUUGUCAACUAUGCCAUUAUGAAGUCCUUCUGAAAUACACCCUAAUAUCUUCUGAAUUUUGCUUCUUUUAGGCUUUCUUUAACCAAGGAUGGGAGGAAAAACAAUUUUAUUAGCAUAGAGUCAUCUCUUAGGAAGAACAGGGAUUGAAGUUAAGUCUGAGUUUCAUGCUUUCAUUUCCCCCAAGUGCCUGUGAUCAAAGAAAUGAUGUGCAAGAAGUGGAAUAGGUUAUCUCAUGGAAGCUUUAGGCAAAGUUCAAGGAAGUUUACCAUUGCCUCCUCCUAUAUGAACAUUGUCCUUUUAGGCCUGGUGAUCAUCUCCUGGCACUCUCUGUUUUUACUUUUAGUUUUCCAUAGCCUGAUGGGACAGUCAUUUCCAGUUGUUCUCCUGUCUCCACCAAGCUUGCUAGCACACCUCCCAAGGUUCGAUAACUCUGCACUUUCUUUACUGCUUUUACACAAACACAGAGCAUCUGUAAUUACAUUUAUUUAUGAUUUUUCCUCUCAAAUUAGUUAUAUCCUAUACCUGAUUAUGUAUUUACUUUACGUGGCUGUCCAGCUGGUGUUUUUGAAAUGAAGAGUCGGUUGAAUAACUUUAUUUAGUCUUACACAUACAUUAUUUCCCCAGACUCUUGCUUCAGAAUUUAUAACAUUGAUGUCCGCAAUCAGCAAGCUUUCUGAGAAGAUCUUUGCCACUCAGUAUGAGCCUCUGUUAAUCCAUUUCAGCAGCAACUACUCAGUGUGUCACUAAUUGGUAGAGAGAAGCCCUUUCUGACCAGUGGAAUUGUGCAGAUAGCCAUACCCACUUCCCUCACUGUUUGAUCAUCCCUGUCUAAUUCUUGGAACAGACUACAUCUUAUCCUUACCAGAUACUUUUCUUGUAUGUUAUGUGCAAAGGUUUUCUGGUUUUGAUUGGUUUGGUUUUUGUGGUUCUUUCCUUGAAUUGUGUGAGAGUUCGAAUAAAAUCAGUGUUAAGUACACGGGGUCCUGCUUGAUUGUUAAUCCAGCCAUUCAUAAUCAUAAACACAUAUCAAGGAUCUUCUAUCUUCUGGGAUCUGUGCUAGACCAGGAGAGAUGAUUAAAGUGCACAUCUUGCUCUCCAAUGAUCACAGUCUUGAAAUGGGGGAAGGUAAAUAAACAAUUAAGUAUAGCAUGCCCUCAAAACCAGAUGAGGCUGUGAUUAAGUCUAAGGGGAAUGUCGAGUUGGAGGAAACUUAGUGGAUUCAAGAUUUACUCGGGCUUUAAAAGAUGAAUGGGAUUUUCCAGGUAAACACUAGGAAAGUAACAGGGAUUUCCAGAUGGAGAUACUAACAUAUGUCAAGGCACAGUGGUGCGCAGUACCUCGGGAAUAUCUGCAAAUAUUUGUUCUGUCAGGAGUGUGGAAUGUGAGUGGAGAAAGGAGAGACUGGAGCUGGAAUGAUGGGUAAUAAGAGCCUGGUGUUUGCUAUUAGGAAGCCUAGACCAUCUGUCCUGGGAAAACUAGUAAAUGCAUAGUUGCUUUGCAGGUGGAAAUGGUUUAUGUUUUUUAGAAUAGAAAGAUGUUUUGACUUAAAGAUAUGGAGGUGAAUUGGAAAGCAAUGGGAAAAGCAACGAUGAAAACUUGAAUGGUGUAAAACAUGGGACUAAAGGAAAGAAAACAGAGUAGGGAACGAAGUCAGAGGGGAACUUUGUAUUAUCGAGUCUGUAUGAAUGAGAAAUGGUUCAGCAUGCAGAUGAACUAGAAAGGAUGAUGCCAGGGUUACUAUUUCUGGACCUUGGGCCUCUGGAGUAACUCUAACCAAAAAUAGAGGACGAAGAAAGAAGAACAGGUUCAGAGGGUGUAGCAGUCAGUUAAUAAACAGAUUGUGUACUAAGUGGGUUUGUUUAGCAAGCCACUGUGCUUGAAAAUACAUGUUUUUAGUUCGUGGGUUUUGUUCGAUUUCGUUUAUUUAUUUUUGCCUGGUUUUAAGUGGAUUUUGUUUCAGAGUCAAGUUGGAUCAUUUAUAACAAUUCAACAGAAAUAUGAACUAUCAGAAUCUCUAUUGUUUUUUCCACUAACUCUUCUAUGGUUUUUUGUACCGUAAAUUCAGCCAUUCUGGUACCACACUUGCUGUAUCUUCAAAAUUACCUUCAUACUUUUAACCUUUCCAAAUGUAUCUUGUAUUCCAGGUCCCAGGUCUUUAUAUAUGGACACAAAGAAUGAUAGAAUUCUAGGUCUUGGGAGGAGGCUUGAAGAUGCAGUGGACGCCGGAGCAUGCCCAGUGGCCAGAACAGCACUUUGAUAUCACCUCGACUACUCGGUCUCCCGCCCACAAAGUUGAAGCCUAUAGAGGUCAUUUGCAACGCACCUACCAGUAUGCCUGGGCGAAUGAUGACAUAUCUGCUCUGACUGCAUCCAACCUUCUGAAAAAAUAUGCAGAGAAAUAUUCUGGCAUUUUGGAAGGUCCCGUAGACCGACCUGUACUCAGCAAUUAUUCAGACACACCGUCGGGACUAGUGAAUGGUCGGAAAAAUGAUAGCGAACCCUGGCAGUCUUCCUUGAAUUCAGAAGCCGUUUAUCCUAUGAACUGUGUUCCGGAUGUCAUCACCGCCAGCAAAGCUGGUGUCAGUUCAGCCCUCCCUCCAGUAGAUGUCUCGGCAAGUAUAGGAAGCUCCCCUGGGGUGGCCAGCAACCUGACAGAACCAAGUUACUCAAGUAGUACCUGUGGAAGCCACACAGUACCUAGUCUUCAUGCGGGGCUCCCGUCUCAGGAAUAUGCUCCAGGAUACAACGGAUCGUAUUUGCAUUCUACUUACAGCAGCCAGCCCACACCUGCACUUCCUUCGCCUCAUCCAUCCCCGUUGCAUAGCUCUGGGCUCCUGCAGCCACCACCCCCUCCUCCUCCUCCACCCGCCCUGGUCCCAGGCUACAAUGGGACUUCCAAUCUCUCCAGUUACAGCUAUCCCUCUGCUAGCUAUCCUCCUCAGACUGCCGUGGGGUCUGGGUACAGCCCUGGUGGAGCACCCCCUCCUCCUUCCGCCUACCUGCCUUCAGGAAUUCCUGCGCCCACCCCUUUGCCCCCCACUACUGUUCCUGGCUACACCUACCAAGGUCAUGGUUUGACACCCAUCGCACCCUCUGCUCUGACCAACAGUUCGGCAAGUUCUCUCAAAAGGAAAGCUUUCUAUAUGGCAGGGCAAGGAGACAUGGACUCCAGUUACGGAAAUUACAGCUAUGGCCAACAGAGAUCAACGCAGAGUCCUAUGUACCGAAUGCCCGACAACAGCAUUUCAAACUCGAAUCGGGGGAAUGGCUUUGACAGAAAUGCUGAAACAUCAUCCUUAGCAUUUAAGCCAACAAAGCAGCUGAUGCCCUCUGAGCAGCAAAGGAAAUUCAGCAGCCAGUCCAGUAGGGCUCUGACCCCUCCUUCCUAUAGUACUGCUAAAAAUUCAUUGGGAUCAAGAUCGAGUGAAUCCUUUGGGAAGUAUACGUCGCCAGUCAUGAGUGAGCACGGGGACGACCAUCGGCAGCUCCUCGCUCAUCCAAUACAAGGUCCGGGACUCCGUGCAGCUACCUCAUCCAACCACUCCGUGGACGAGCAACUGAAGAAUACUGACACGCACCUCAUUGACCUGGUCACCAAUGAGAUCAUCACCCAAGGACCUCCUGUGGACUGGAGCGACAUAGCUGGUCUUGACCUGGUGAAGGCGGUUAUUAAGGAGGAGGUUUUGUGGCCAGUGUUGAGGUCAGAUGCGUUCAGUGGGCUGACAGCCUUACCUAGGAGCAUCCUUCUCUUUGGACCUCGGGGUACAGGCAAAACACUAUUGGGCAGAUGCAUAGCCAGUCAGCUGGGGGCCACGUUUUUCAAAAUUGCUGGUUCCGGACUCGUUGCAAAGUGGCUAGGAGAAGCGGAGAAAAUUAUCCACGCCUCUUUUCUUGUGGCCAGGUGUCGCCAGCCCUCGGUGAUUUUUGUUAGUGACAUUGACAUGCUUCUCUCCUCUCAAGUGAGUGAGGAACACAGUCCAGUGAGUCGGAUGAGAACCGAAUUUCUGAUGCAGCUGGACACUGUACUGACUUCGGCUGAGGACCAAAUCGUAGUCAUUUGUGCCACCAGUAAACCAGAAGAAAUAGACGAAUCUCUCCGGAGGUACUUCAUGAAAAGACUUUUAAUCCCACUUCCUGACAGCACAGCGAGGCACCAGAUAAUAGUACAACUGCUCUCACAGCACAAUUACUGUCUCAAUGACAAGGAGUUUGCACUGCUCGUCCAGCGCACAGAAGGCUUUUCUGGACUAGACGUGGCUCAUUUGUGCCAGGAAGCAGCAGUGGGUCCUCUCCAUGCUAUGCCAGCUACAGACCUUUCAGCCAUUAUGCCCAGCCAGUUAAGGCCCAUUACAUAUCAAGACUUUGAAAAUGCAUUCUGCAAGAUUCAGCCUAGCAUAUCUCAAAAAGAGCUUGAUAUGUAUGUUGAAUGGAACAAAAUGUUUGGUUGCAGUCAGUGAUAACAUCUUUAAAAAAAUGUAAUGAAUGUUGGCACACACAUAAAACCUGCUCCAUAGGGAAUAGAGCCCCUUUCCAGUAGUGUUUCAAUGGCUAAGGGUACUGGGGAAGACAACGAUUAUGUUGCAUCUUUAGAGUCAGGGGUAGCUUUGGAGGAAGCAGGCCUCAGAUGAGAGCCUGUGAUUUGGAAGCCCCAGCUGACAGAAAGCAUAUACAAUGUGGAUGCUCAGAUCGGUUCAAGCUAGACAACGCUCACCGAGAAGCAAGGUGCAAGCGUGUUGAUUUCAGAAGGACAUGAACCUCGUGUGUUGAUUCCAUUCUGCUGUUCUCGAGAUUUAGUUGCUGUCAAGUGCCUGGAGUGGUACUUUAUUUUUUUGUUUGCCUCACAAUUACAUUGGUGGCAUGUGCUAAUAUAAAGAGCUUUAACUUCAAACAUUAUUGGACUAAAGAGAUGAACGGUUGUGUUACAACAGAAAACCAGAUUUUUUUGGCCAUUUUAAGAGCAACAGUAUUCCUCAAUCCUGUCUGUUCUGCAGUGUUAGCUAAGAACAGGUAAAACAGGGUAACGGUAAUCUGGACCUUAAUUUCUGCAGUUCAUUUCUUUUAAUGUUCUUGUCUGCAAAAACUCAGGAAAGUGAUUGUGAUUUGUACAGUACCUCAAAGGAAUGUGUUAAAAGCACUAUGUACUGCUGAGAGUAAUAGGGUAGGCUUCAAUGUUACUUUAUAUUAAAAUGUAUGUUUACCUCAACAAUUGGAGAAUAGCAAGGAAAAUUACUUUGAAUGUAUCCAGAAAAAGAAAAGAAAAAUACUGAAGUGUGAUACAACUGAAUAUUUAAGGUUUAAAAGUAGAGGUGGAAGGAUUUUUUUAAAAGUUUUCUUACUAAUUAUGGGGAAUUAUUAACCAGAGCAGAACAGUUACUGAAGAGUUCUUGAUGCAUUGCUCUCCUUGAGGAUUAAGCGGAAAUGUUCAUAGAAGUUACACUGGUUAAUUGAAAAGCUAUGUCUUCAGUUCGUGUUGGUGUUUAGAGCAGUCAGCUGCAGACCUGUUUAAAAUCCUGAAAGUGACAGAACCUACAAACUAUAACUGCCUUCUACUGCCGUGGUGGUGGUGGAGGAGGUGGUGGUGGUGUUUUGGAAGCUCUCUCUUAAACUGCUAGGGAAAGCAUCUCUUCUAUUCACUCAGAGUUUCUAGGCUUGCAGAGCUGUUUCACAGAAAGCAGAGGAUAGAACCAAAUCAAACAUGCAAACUUUAAAAAAAAAAAAAAAGCAACCAACCACAUGUCUCGGCAGAGAACCCCCACUCGUCCCCUCUCCCAUGCCUCACCUAGACUUCACUCUUCAGAGUGCACUUUCGCUUCUCAUCUUCAACCCCCCUCCCCACCCCCUCCCCCUCACCCCCGGCUGUAGAGCUACGUUCAUUUCUACCUCAGUUCCGUUACGUUUCUUUUGGAAAGUCAAGUGAGAAGUUAGACGUGGACAUGUAUACCACAGUAGAGCUUGCCAAAUGUGGAGACUUUCGUGUCCUGUUGUGUUUUCUUUCAUCUUUUGUCUGCUUUCCCAGUACCCCAGUCUUUAUGCGUUCUUUCACCUCUGAGGACUACCACACGGCAUUCGGCAUACGUGGCGUUUCUUACUCACCCCGCACCUCUUCUGCUCCUGCUUCACCAGGUCGUUCCUUGUCUUCUGUAAUGCAGUAUGUGCAAAUUUCCAUUGACAGCUGGCUGAACGUCACCAAUGUCUCUCACUGUCACAGUGCAGGACAAAGCUUUCCACAGCCACUGCCUGUGCAGAAUCAGAGCAGCCUAGCAUUUUGAAUGUAUUUUCCUGUUUUUUCCCCCUCCUUUUCUUUUCCUUUCUUUCACUCUUUCUUCCUUACUUUUUGUGUUUUAUUUUGUUUGAAUUUAGAGAUACAGUAAUUGUUGCAAAGCACUGGCAUUUUUUGUGUAUUCAAUAAGUGAUGUACAUUUUAAAGGUAACUUUAAAUAAAUACAAUGACAGCCCCAUGAAAGGUCUUUCUGUUAUUUUUUCCCUUCUUUUUUUUUCUGAGCUCAUCUGCAAAUUAAUUCUCUGAAACACUUAACACAGAGAAAUUGAAUGAGAAAAUGAACUCGUGGUAUUUCAAAAAUUUUGUGAUAUUUGACCUGUAAUCUCUCAUUUUUCCUGUUGCUAAAACUGAGCAAAUGAACUAGAAUUUAAUGCACUAUGAACAUCUAUCAACUAACACUGUUCCAAAAUAUAUCCCAUAUUUCAAAAGCAGUGCCUUUCAUUGAGGAUACACAAAUGGCAAUACUACUUAGAUAUCCCCACUGCUCCUUGCAAGUGAAUAAACGCUAUAGUCAUAGUUCGGAUCUACCCUGUGCACUGCCCAUGGUAAGGUGAUUCUACCGUCCACUAACUUGUGUGCCCAUAUUGAUCUCAUUCACAAGUUUACUCUCUGAGCAGUACUGACCCAUCUUCUCUAUUUAGAGGUCGCACCUCAUUUCCAACAAUAUGCUGUGCUCACUAAUAAAGUGAAAAAUAAAAACAUCUGGCAAGUUUGGACAAACCAAAUCCUCUUUAGUCAACUUUCAAGAACCCAGUAUUAACCCACAUUGUUUGUUGUGUGGUUUGCGGGACUUAAUGCCAAAUAUAUGAGAUGACAAUUGUGCUUUGUUCUCACAAUACUGAUAAUAAACUGAAGUCAUACAAGUUGGCUGAUAGCUUUAAAUGGCUUUAAAUUAGUUUGAGAUAUGAAUGACUUAAACAUUAGUUUGAGAUAUGAGUGGUCUGAGAUCCAUGCAUUUAGCAGAAGCUUGAAAUUACAUGUAAUUUUCACUUAGCCUAGCCAGGCCUAGAAUUAUCUGUUAGCAAGCCAGGCAAGUUGAAGAAAUGAAACACACUCCACGUGACAGCAGUGUGAAAACUCCCGUGGACUAUCGUAAUCAGGAUGUCUUUCUCUGACCAUCUAUUUGAGAGCUUGGCGUAGAAGAAGUUCCAGAUCUCUAGAAGUGAGCAUGGAGAAUCAGCCCUAGAACCAAUAGGUAACUCUUGGCUUAGAAUGUGAGGGAGGCUCCUAAUGAGUGUAAGGUAGUGAACCAGUCAAGCUUUUCCAGUUGAGGGAGGAGAUUCAGCCAGCCUCCUUUACAACCCUUAAUUCCCUUCUUCACAACUGUAAUAACAUUUCCCACAGGGAUGAAAAGGAGAAGGGGGAAACUACUUCAGGAAAAGGAUCAAUGGAAAUUCAAGAGGUAGUUCAUAGCGGGUUUGUAUGAGACACAAGUGGAAAUACUCUAUACUUCUGGCUUGUUUCUCUCCAACAUAUUUAGGACAUUAGUGACAAUGUGGAGAACUUUGCUGACUGAGCUGGUCAAUGGAAUGUGAAGGCAGUAUACUUUAAAGCUAUUUACUUUCCCACAGAAUGUUUAUCUAUUAGUCAGUUUGUAUUCUACUCAAAUGCAGAUAGACGGGUAUAAUGUUUUCUUGCGCAUUUGAAACCUAUCAAGGAGAAAAUAAACCAUUCCACUAAAAUACAUAGGCCAAACACCAUCUGGACAAGUGAUAAAAGCUUUCCAGAGGCUAUACUAAAUGCAAGGUCAAUUUACAUGGGCUGCAGAGCACUUGGCUAUGCAGUUUUGAAGUGUAUACUCCCCCCCCAAAAAAAAUCCAAAUUAAUUCUUGCAAUAGGUCAUUGUAAAUUUAAAUAUAUUUCUGAGUUGAAAAGGUUGGUUUAAAGGCAUUUAGAAUCUCUUUCUCUGAAAAUAUAUCCAACCUCAAGCGGAAGGGUAUUUCUGUACGCCAACUCUCGGGUUUCUUAGCAAGAAUUGGGAAUCCUGAUUAUUAAGUCCAUAUUACAGAGUGGAAGGCACAUAGUUUAUAGAACUAUUGAGGCCACUAAGGUUCUAAUAUAUAUAAAUAUAAGUAUAAGUAUAAUUAGUGUAUGUGUAUGUGUGUGUAUGAGUGUGCCGUUUCAACCACCACCUAUUUGAACUUUAAAAUGAACCCAUUCUUUUUUUUACAUUAUCUAGAGGCAACUGCUUUCUUUCCUUUUUCCUAUGUGCCAAAAUACACAUGACUACUUCAAAAUUCUGUUUCAAUAUCACUUUUUUUUCCUUAAGAAAAGUAAAAACAUUCAGUUUUGAAUCAUCGGCUGAUUUAAUGAAACACAUUUGCAAACACAAAGCUAUUAGGAUUUCAGAAUUCACAACCAGCUAUACUUGUGACUAACCAACACACGAACUAAAGCUCACAGUCUGCUUAAGACCUUUGGUUGACAUUCGAUUUUGAACCUGCCAGAUGCAUUUGUGUGAACCAGGGAUCCUGCAUCUUUAAUGAACAAGUCUCUCCUCUUUCCCCUGUUUUUAAAUACAACACAAGUAGUGUAGCACUAGGCACUGCAAUUGUCAAAGACAAUUAGACUGAAAGCAGGGAAAUCUCACCUCCCUGUCUCAGUGAUAUGUAGAAUGUCGGCAGCAUGGGUCAGCCUUGCCACAGAGUGGUGUGAGAAGAUAUGAAUCAGUCCUAUAGAAUGUUAAAUAUUUAUAAAAUGGUUUUGUAGUGCACCGAGGUUGGGAGCACAUUCAUUUCUUCUUUUUGUCUUAGGAAACAAAAGGAAAAAAAAACAAAAAUUUAUUUCUAGGCUUAUUCUCUCCCUAGGCAUAUUCUCUCUCUCUCUCUCUCUCUCUCUCUCUCUCUCUCUCUCUCUCUCUCUCUCUCUCUCCUUCACUCCCUCCCCUCCUUCCUUCCCUCCCUCCCUCCCUCCUUUUCCUUUCUCCCCUGUGUGGGUCUGUGUAUGAAUGAGUUUUCCUUGUGAAUUAGAUAAAGUUGCUAGAGAAUAUUCAUUUUUUUGUUUGUGUUUCUUUCUUCAUCUGACUAUUCAGACAUUGUUCUUUAUAACCAUUUCUACCUCAUUGCUACAUAUUGUACAUGUAGUAUUUAUUUGUUGUCUUUUUUUGAAUGUCAUGCAUUUCGUAAGAAAAAGACUAGUCCUUGAACUUGAACAGUCUACCUCAGAAAGACUGUCUUUACACUGAACAGUAUUAGCAACCUAAAAGGUAAGACGCAUUAGCGAAGUGUGGCAGGGUGGAUAAUGCGUGAGGACUUGGGAUCCUGAUGGACUUUUAAUUGUACCACCACAACUCAAGACUGCUUAAAGGGACUUUAAAAAUUGUGCACUGUGUAGGUCUUCAUCAAGGUCCCACUUAGAACCUAAGGAAUGCAGCUUUGUCAGUCUGUGCCCAUCUCUGAGAAACAUGUUAGCAUGCCCAAGUACUUUACACUGGCAAUCUGACUACUUAAGACAAAUUGAAACAUUUGUUACAUUCUUUUGACUGACACCCUCAGCUCCUAAACUUAAGAGAAGCCUAGUACUUAAUGGUUUUUGGCUACAGUCUUUGGUGGUUUUAAAUGCCUUCCUUUCAGUUCUGUGACUCCAGAUAUCAGUGAAAGAAAACAAAACCAUCGCAAGGGCCUGCACAACACUGAAAACAAACCAAAAAAUAAACCAAAAUUGAAAAUGGCACUUCCCAAAGGAAUUAAUACACAUGGAGUCAUGGUGCUUCGAAUCUCCCUAUAUGAAAACAUUUUUUUUUGUUAUUUCCUAUUUCCCUUUGUAACAUGUAUUUGUUCCUUAAAGUAAUUGUACAACUAAUGGCACAUUGAAUUACUUUGUAUGGUGUGUUUUAUAGUUGACUAUUUAUUUUAGCAUUAAUUCUUUUUCUUCACCAGCUCUAUAUCACAGUAGCAAAAGAAUACUUACUUAUUUAAAAACAUGCCGAAAGGGGUCCACCACCCACCCAAGCGAUGAAAGGACUUUUGAAGUUUGCUUCUCAGCCAAGUGUGGAUAUUUUACAAAAGCAAAGGAACUGUGACAAUCCACAAGUCCCACAGAUGUGAAUUCAGAACUGCAUCUGAAAACUCCCGGUAUGCCUGACAAUCUAUGCUUUAAGUUCCAUUAACAAAUUGGAGUGGCAUCCAAUCCUUUCACAUACAAUUCCGCACAGGAAUUUAUUGUCUAGAGGCUGUCUUGUAAUGAUUAAGAGAGGGUUUGAUUUUGUUUGUUUACUGUAUUAGGUGAGGAAUGCCAUAUUUCUUGUCAGCUAACAGUACUUGUCUGACACAGAAUUCAAGGGGAAGAGAGAGAGAGAGAGAGAGAGAGAGAGAGAGAGAGAGAGAGAGAGAGAGAGAGAGAGAGA